UACUGUGCUUAUUACAUAAUAUGUGUGAGGAAGAGACUCGGGCGAGAAUAAGAGAGAAAAAUAGAAAACGUCUUGCAUUCUCUAGUAUGUCGCAUGUAUUAUAAGUACAUGCGGCCGUAGUGUUGCAUAUUGCUCCCGGUAGACACCGUCGUCGUUCCGUCAAUCGGCCUUAUCCUCGACACGCAGCAGACACUCGCGUGUCUGUUACAUCCACAGACUUCUAUAAUAUACUAGACUGCUAGGCUCGUUAUAUAUUCUCCAUUUAGUGUGUACCCGAAAAGUAUGUACAAAUAGGAGCUCAUAGGCGGCAGACUGAAUUACCGAUUGGAAUGUGGCUAAUAUUUUAUAGUCCUACGACUAUGGAUUACUAGAGGAGUGAGUGAGAUGUAUGAUACAAUAUAUACAUAUAUUAUGUGAUUAUGAGAGCGUUCUCCUUGGACGCUUAUGCGUACUUAUGCGUUAAACGUAUCAUUCUUUUGCUCUUGUAAUAUAAAAGAAAAAGAUAAAAUGACAAUAACCAAGGUAUGUGAUAAAAGGCUGCCCAAAUAUAUAUAAGAAAGCGGUAUACAUUUCUUUUCGUUUAAGUAUUAAAACUAGAGGACAAAUAAUAUAACCUCAUUUUAAGAGCAUUUUUGUAUAAAAUAACCUAAUAUUAAUGAUAUUUAUUAGUAUUAUUAAGUAUCAUUUUUUAAAUAUAUAUAUAUAUAUAUAUAAACAUUUUAAAAAUGUCAACAAAUUACUCGUAGCAACUAUAUGUGACAUUUAUUGGCAUAUAUAUAUAUAUGUACAUAUACAUUCCACUUGACGAACAAUGUACAACAUACAUAGUAGAUGACACAUUCCGAUCGGUUAUUCAGUCAUGUACAACAUGUACAUGAUAUACUGGUACGCCUAGGGAAUCAAGGUUAGCAGUCUAGUAUAUUAUAGAAGUCUGUGGUUACAUCACAUACACAUCUCCGCGGUAUACGCUAGCUCUUUUAGCAUCUAAAAGCCGCGCAUGAGCGACGAAAAGUCAAAGACUAUUGUGAGGACACCUUCAACCCUGUGUCGUACAUGAGGGUCUAAAGCGCAAGCCUCGAAUCGAUCUUCCACCCCCGCAGCACCCCUCCUCCCCCGGGAGGCGUCCGCGAAGAACAACCCCCGGCCGACGACUCUGUUGUCGACCCAACAACAGUUCAAAACCGCCCGAGACCCACGACAAACAUGGCGUUGGAUUUCGCAGCCACGUACAAGGUCCUGGUGCUGGGCGACUCGAACGUCGGCAAGACUUGUAUCGUGCAUCGCUACUGCGACGAACGGUACUACGACACUUACAUCUCGACGAUAGGUAUUGAUUUCAAACAGAAGAUCAUUAACUUGGACGGAACGCCGAUUAAAUUGCAAAUCUGGGAUACCGCCGGCCAGGAAAGAUUUCGAACUUUAACGACGGCAUACUAUCGUGGUGCCAUGGGAAUCCUUUUGAUGUACGACGUUACUAGUUUGGAGAGUUUCAACCAUCUGUCGUAUUGGCUACGAAAUAUCCAAGAAAACGCGUCACCGGACGUGGUAAAAGUUUUGGCGGCGAAUAAAUGCGACGCGACCGCGCAGCGCGCAGUGGAGGCCGAGAGAGGUCAAAAGAUCGCCGAAAAUUUCGAUAUGCCUUUCUUCGAGGUGUCAUGCAAGGAAAAUAUCAACAUCGAGGAGGCCUUCCUCACUUUAGCCAGAAGAAUACGGGAACAACGGGGCCGCCGGGCUAGCCUGUUUGAAGCUUCCGAGAGAGAAGGCGCGGACAGUAUAAUUAAGGCGCAGUCACCGUCUCAGCAAGGUGAUGCUUGGAGAUGCAGCUGUUAGUUCGGUGGAUGGACCAUCGGAGUAGGAUCUAUCCUAUCGAUUGGAAGUUUCGACGUCAGUCGAGAAUUAAAUCCAGGAUUCGCCCAAAGGAUAUCGUCUGUUCAUCACGCACGAGGAGAGGAGAGAGUUUCGACCGUUUCUACACCUGUAGUACAUACGCAACGCGAUCGCGAGUCAAUCGUCGAACGGAGAACGAUGCCUGAACGACGACGCUAGGUGUUCACGUAUCACCCGGCGAGGAUGGCCCGGGCAAGUAUUCACGAUACCACCACACCAUCCGCAAUAAUUGCAACGGAUAUAUUAUCUCAUGAAUCCUGCACUCUAUUACGCGCGAGCCUGAGUGACGACAGCGUAACGCGAUGACGAAAGCGUGAGAAAACGAAUACGCCAAUCCCAAAUUGUCGUCGCAGCCACAAUAAACACCAUAGGAAAGGUUUUGUCGGCGAGGAGCUAUCGCUCUGAAUAAAACACACGCACACGCACACAUUCCCAGUGAGAAAUAGUACAUCGAAUAGACAUCAUUUCGACGUCGAAUUGAUGUCGAAUUCAUUAUCGUUUCUCGCUGGGAUUACGAUUAGAGGCCCGAGCUAUGCUCGAGGUUGUCGCAAGUUUUUAUCUAUGAUACGCGAUUACACGUCGUAUAUGUCUAUUUAUAAACGUGACACGGCUCGCGUUUUUUUUUUUUGGCGCGCGCGAAUGUAGAGACUUCGACAGAACUCUCUCGCUACGAGGUAAUCGGAAUGCCUGAGAACGCAUCAUCGAGAGACGCGUCGACAAUUGAUCUGAUUAAUCGUAGUAGGCCGGUUUUCACGAACGUCGGUUAGCUCUUCCGAGUAUCCGAUCGUCUUUAUUCCGCGCGAGUUUGUAAAUCCAAAGGUUUUUAACGAAUUAGCUGGGAGGGAGAGAGAGAGAGGGAGAGAGAGAGAGAGAGAGAGAGAGAGAGAGAGAGAGAGAGAGAGAGAGAGAGAAGACUACAACUGACAGAGAAAGAGAAAGUUAUGUGACAAAGAUUUCGACGAGAGGCUCGCAAGAUGCGUAUUGGCUGCGAGCAAUUUUCGGAGAAUUUCGCGUUAACAAUUCGUGUUAGACUUUCGCGGAUCAGAUACAUUCAUUGCGGUAUAUCAUAAGCAGUUUAAGAGUUUAAUUAGAUUCGCUUGGUAAGGCCUAACUAAAAGGAAACAUCCUCUCGAUCUGCUAUUAAGGUGACACACUUUCGCAGUAAUCGACGUAUUUACUAUUCUAGUAUGUCUAUACAAGGAAGACAUCAUUAAGCGCAUUGUGAUUACCGUCUAAGAAACGAUACUACUAUGUAAGAUUUGCGAUUAGUACCGAUGUCUCUCAACGACGAGGACCCGGGUUCUUCCUUUAACGAAGAGCCUGCGCGAUUACUCGUCGAGAUAUAUUUGAUGCACAGAUGCCAAAGUUUGCGUAAAACUAUUCUCCUUUGAUAUCGAGUAUUCGAACCAAACACCGACAACCAGAUUACGAAGAAUAGCAUUCAUUUUACUAUCAAAGCGCGAAGAAUUUUCUAAUAAAUACGUGACUUCGGAAUUUAAAGGAAUUUAACAAAUUGGACGUAGUUAGCAUAAAUUCAAUCUUGAUUUAAUUUUAUAGCUACAAAAAUGUUUCAUGCUGAAAAUAGCUGAUAAACUGAAUGUAAGAGGGACGAUUGGUGAAAGAAAUACUCAAUAGUCUGGAGUAAAAAGUUCCGCUUAACCAAAUAUACCGAGGAGAUCGCAAUUUAUUGCACCGCCGCACGCGAGAUUUUCUUUAAAAGACGUAAUAUUGACUGUUUUCUAUAUACAACACUCAUGUCGAACAAAAACUUUCCUUCUGCCUCGGCAGAGUAGUGUAGCGUAAGACUAAAGUAAAUUUGUUUCUAAGGAAAGAAUAACUGAUAUUCAUGUGUUCAUAAAAAAAAAGAUAUUCUCAGAGUCUGAAGUGAAGUUUCGAAAUGAGGCCGAAUCGAUACGGCUGGCGCUUGACAUCUGUAUAUCAAACCUUUUAUAUAUCGGUGCACACACGUGAUAAUCCACGCUUAAUUAAUGCGCUUUGAUAAUCGUGAUGAAACAUUUUCGAUGAUUCCUGUUAUAUUCGACGAACGGAACAUUUUCGUGGUAAUGCGAAAAGCACAUUCUACUGCAGAAUGUCAUAGCACCAAUUUCGCAUUGAAAAAAAAAAAA